CGUCAGGCACCCGAGACGCUAGGGGGCAGCGGCGGCCAUCUUGGAAGGAGAGCGCGGGGCCGGGCGGAGCGGAGGGAGCGCAGAAGCCUCCCCCCACCCCGCCCCGCCAUGGCAGCCCCGCUCGGUACCGGCGCCCGUGCGGAGGAGACCGGGCAGGAGAAACAGGACACACAGGAGAAGGAAACUGUCACCCCUGAGAGGGCAGAAGAGGCAAAACUGAAGGCAAAAUACCCCAACCUAGGCCAGAAGCCCGGAGGCUCUGACUUCCUCAUGAAGAGGCUGCAGAAAGGGCAAAAAUAUUUUGAUUCUGGUGACUACAACAUGGCCAAGGCAAAGAUGAAGAACAAGCAGUUGCCAAGUGCGGGGCCAGACAAGAACCUGGUGACAGGAGACCACAUCCCUACACCGCAGGACCUCCCGCAGAGAAAAUCCUCACUUGUAACCAGCAAGUUGGCAGGGUAGCCUGCACUCACAGGCUGGGUUUUUUCCUAUUUUCUUUUUUUCUUUUGGCUCAAUGGAUUGAACUUCACUGUACUAUAGGGACAAGAGCACCAGAAUCCACAUAGUUAUUUGAGUAUUUACAGCAAACACACCAAAACUGAGAAGGCGAGUGAGAGGUGUCAGUAGCCCAGGACAGACAGGCAGAUUUGAUUGGGCCAUUCCUUUUAGCGAGUCGGUUUGCUGCCUUAAUUUUCGUGCUGUUUGAAACCAUUCUCACUUGCAGGGCCACUGAAGCGCUGCCUUCUCUCUGGGAGAGUUGAGCAGCCCCAAGAGAAGCAGGGACAUGCUCUGCUCAAAGGAGUUGCUUGCUGUUUUGCUUGGCACUGGGUAGGAGGGGAGAGCUCAGAGCUGUGGCGUGUGAAUGCUCUUCAGACAUCUGGUGUCUGCAGAGGAAGAGCCUGUUGGGCAUAAGGUGUGAUACAUGAUCUGGAAGUUUAGUUAAGUGUGUGCGUUAGAGUUUCAAAGUGAAGAGGGUAGCUGAUAUGCAAAAAAUCACGUGGCUGUGUUUCUGGGCUGAGCUGCCUGCGAUCUGUCCCCUGCUUGCACAAAACAUCUGAGCUCACACGAGGGGAUGAUGUGUCCAACAGCUGUGGGAGAGGGGCCAGGUAGUGUUUGAAACAGUCCUCGUGGCUUGGAGCUGCGAUGAGGCAUUUGCUGCUCCGGAGGUAGAGCCCCUACCACAGCUGCAUCUGAGCGUGGCUGUGAUGAGGGGGCACAGCAUGACGCUUGCAGCUGCCCCAGAGGAUUUGGGGGCAGUUUCUCCCUCCCUGGUCAGUUCUGGCCAGUGAGGCUGGCUGCCUUGGCAAGGGUGAGAGCUGGCUCCUCUCCUGGCUGCAGGGUGGGCAGCAGAAGGUAGUGAGCUGAAUCCCACCAGCAGCAGGGUGCUUGGAACACAGGAAAGCACAGCCAAGCAGCCAGGCAGAGCCCUGUCUGAGGUCACAUCCAGCCCCUGCCUGAUGCCCAGACUUUGGUGCUUGCAGAGCAGGGCUGGCAGCAGCUGCUGAGACAGAUGUGAGCUGUUGGAGCUGAUCUCUGGAGGGAGAGAGGCAAGACUGGGAAUAACCACCAUGGAAGGGAAAAAAGCACUGGAGACAGACAGCAGGGAGAUUAGGAAGAGAGGAGUGCAGAGGCAAACCUGUGUUGGCAGUGUGAAGCACCCCAAACUUGUAUUUAUUUCUUCUCCUUUUUCUUCUUGCCUUUUAUUUGCUCCAGGCCUAAAAAAAAAACCCAAAAGCAAAAACAAACAAACCAAACCAAAAGGUUGGUGAGAUGGCUGCAGCCUGCAGAAUGACAUGCAUGCUCGGUGCGUGUACUGUCCCCUCCACAUGCAGCAGAGACAACGUGGACUCCCAUCCUGUGCAGUGGAAGAUCUCGGCAUGCCUGUGCCAGGGCAGUGCUAAACCUGCCCUGUUUAGGCCCAGAUUUGAAGGCGUGUGUGCAAAAGGAAGUCAAGUGGGCGUCUUUUUUUCUUCCUUUAGGGAUUCCAAUCAGGUCAGGAGAAACCAAGACAGGGAGGCUACAGGCAGUGCUCUGCACAGGCACCGCUUUCCUUACAUGUGUUCUUGGCUGGCUGACCCGGGCUUUCCUGAGAACGUGUUUCACUCUCUACUCUUUCCUGCUGCUGGCUGAAGUGAGGAACGCAGUGUUGCUUUCUGGGAGAGUGUUUGCCAAGGGUGUGCUGGAAUGCUUGCGUCUGCCUUCAGGUGGUUUGGAGCAAGCCAGCCACGGCUCUGCUCAUCUGGACACUGUGGGCAAGGGGCUCUGUUGCUGGCCCCAUGGCCGCAGAGGACAGUUUUCUUUUUAUGGAGUGGGCAAGGAGCACAGCAGGAUUGGGGGCUGCCCACUUGUAACCACAGGUCCACUGUUCUGUCUCCAUUGCCUUUCCAGACCCUGUGUGACCUGACCAGGGCAGUGCUGGCAGUGGCUGUGCAACCUCCUUGAAUGUUCUGCUGUCUGUCCCAGCCAUGUUGUAAAUAGAUAUGAAUCAUAUAUAUAAAAAUAUAUAUAAUUUUUUACAUGUUCAUCUCUCCUCA